CUGGGAGGUCUCUGGAGGUCACUGGUUUUACUGGGAGUCACUGGAACCUCCCGACCGCCAUUGUCCAUCACGUGACCGGAAGCCACCACACGGCCACCCGGAAGUGGGCGGAGCCCCCGCCGGAAGUGCCGCCUCCCCUCACGGCCAAGAUGGCGGCGCGGCGCGGCUCCUCCAAAGCGCGGGCCCCGAAUCGCCCGCGGGCCCCGAACCGCAACCGGCCCCGAAUCGCCCGCAAUGGCGACAGGGCGGACGCGGAGUCCCCCGGGCGCGUGUACCUGCCCGGCGCGGGGCCGCCGCUGGGCCCCGACGAGGAGCUGGUGAUGGAUGAGGAGGCGUACGUGAUGUAUCACCGCGCCGGCACCGGUACCGCGGGCUGGGCCGGCGGGACGAGGGGAACCGGGGGGAUGAAGGGAACUGAGGGGACACACUCCCCAAGUUACCCUGAGACCCCCGGCGCCAACCGGGUGCUGCUGAUGCAGAUGCAGAACCUGCACGGGCUGCGGGGGAAGAAGGGCAGCAGUGACAGUGACAGUGACAGCGACAGUGACAGUGACAGCGAGCAGGAGGGGGACGGGCGGGAGCCACAGCUGCUGCUCAUCAUGGCCCCCCACUACGGGGGCAUCAACAGGCUGAGGGUGACGUCCCUCGGGGGGUCCCCGAUGGCGGCCGUGUGGUCGGAGCGGGGCCAGGUGGAGGUGCUGGCUCUGGGGGGGGCCCUGGGGGCCCUGGGGACGGAAUUUGGGGAGGGGGAUUUGGGGAGGGGGCCCAAGAGCGUCCAGCAGGGAGCCCUGCCCGCCCUUGCCACCUUCAGCGGCCACAUGGACGAGGGGUUCGGGCUGGACUGGAGCCCCCUGAGCCCAGGCCGGCUGCUGUCCGGGGACGUCCGCGGGCGCAUCCAUCGCUGGGAGCCGCGCGAGGGCGGCUGGGCCGUGGACCAGCGGCCGCUGCUCGGCCACGGCGGCAGCGUGGAGGACAUCCAGUGGUCGCCCAGCGAGGCCUCGGUGUUCAUCUCGUGCUCCUCGGACGCCUCCAUCCGCGUGUGGGACGUGCGGGCGCCGCCGGGCCGGGCGUGCCAGCUCAGCGUGGCCGCCGCGCACGACGGCGACGUCAACGUGCUCAGCUGGAGCCGGCGCGACGCGGCCGCGCUGCUCAGCGGCGGCGACGACGGCGCCCUGCGCCUCUGGGACCUGCGCAGCAUCCGGGGCAGCCCCUCGAGCGUGGCCACCUUCAAGCAGCACCGCGGGCCCAUCACGUCCGUGCAGUGGCACCCGGGCGAGAGCGGCGUGCUGGCGGCCGCGGGCGAGGACGACCUGGUGACCCAGUGGGACCUGGGCGUGGAGAGAGACCCCCAGGAGCGUGGGCAGGGGGCCGGGGAGGGCGGGGGGCUGGAGGAGCUGCCCCCCCAGCUGCUGUUCCUGCACCAGGGCGAGAGGGAGGUCAAGGAGCUGCACUGGCACCCGCAGUGCCCGGGGCUGCUGCUGUGCACGGGCCGCGAGGGCAUCGCUGCCUUCCGUACAAUCAGUGUGUGAGAGCCAAGAAUUGGGGUGAAAUCACCCAAAAUUGGGUCAGGAGUGUUCAAAUUGGGGUCAGGAGUGUUCAAAAUGGGGUGGGAAUGGCACCCGCAGUGCCCGGGGCUGCUGCUGUGCACGGGCCGCGAGGGCAUCGCUGCCUUCCGCACCAUCAGCGUGUGAGAGCCAAGAAUUGGGGUGAAAACAUCCAAAAUUGGGGUGAAAUCACCCAAAAUUGGGGUGAAAUCACAUGGAAUUGGGGUCAGGACUGCCCAAAAUGGGACUGGCGACUCCUGAAGUGGAAAUGGGACCCCAAAAUGGGGCAGGAAUCCCUCUCAAAUUCAGGGGUCUCUGCCCCAAUUCAGGGGUCUCUGUGCCCCCAAUUCAGGGGUCUUUGCCCCAAAUUCAGGGGUCUCAGAACCCCCAAAUUCAGGGGUCUCAGAACCCCCAAAUCAGGGGUCUCUGAACCCCCAAUUCACGGGUCUCUGAACCCCCAAUUCAGGUGUCUGUGCCCCAAAGUUUGGGGUCUCUGCCCCCAAUUUUUCCUCGUCCCCCCACACUGGCUGAUAUCCCCAAGCCAAACUUCACCAAACGACUGCAAAAAUCCAUUUUAUUUUUAUUAUUAAUUAUUAAUUUAAAAAAAAAAAAGUUCUU